CUCCUCACCACAUACCUCCUUGAAAACUGCAAACUGAAGCGCAGUUCCCCUCUACACCCUGCAUAUUCCGAACCUCAAUCUCCAAUUCAACCCUCAACCCCCAACAACGAUGUCCAUCUCCAACUGGAACAUCUGGAUCCUCGCAGCCCUCAUCUACACCCAAUUCUGGGCUGUGGGGGUUGCAGCCCCUGCUCUCGCUCUCGCUCCCGCUCCCGCUCACGCCAGAUGGAACGACUGUCUGAUUCCUCCCCUGGAGAACACGACCGCAGACGAGCUCGGAGGAUUCCUCAAGGGCGAAUGCUUCUACAGUGUGGAUCUGGUGGAUGCAUAUGACAACCGGCUUCAGGGCAAUGAUCCGGCGUUCACCACAGUCACGGAGAUGAAUCGCGAUGCGAUGAAUAUUGCGGCGCAGCUGGAUGCGGAGAGACGGCAGAAGAAGGUCAGAGGUCCGCUUCAUGGAUUGCCGGUCUUGAUCAAGGAUAUGAUAGCUACGCGUGAUGGUAUGGGGACCUCGGCUGGGUCUUGGGCCUUGGUUGGAGCGAGGCCUUCUGCGGAGUCGACUGUUGCGGCGAAGCUCAGGGAAAACGGCCUGAUCAUCUUCGGGAAAUCGAGCAUGUCGGAAUGGGCUAAUUUUCGGUCUUUGAAUUCCUCGAACGGGUGGUGUGGUAUCACUAUCCAGUCGUAUGGAGGGUACUAUCCCAGACAGGAUCCGAGUGGGAGUUCCAGUGGGAGCGCUGUCGCGGUUGACAUGUCGUACAUCCUGUUUGCUCUGGGGACAGAGACAAGUGGGAGCAUUGUGCUUCCGAGUGAGCGGAAUAACAUCGUCGGUAUCAAACCGACCGUCGGCCUUGUUUCGCGGUAUAUGGUCAUCCCCAUCAGUGAGCGCCAGGAUACAAUCGGGCCCAUGGCCAAGACGGUGAAAGAUGCGGCGAUGCUGUUGCAGGCCAUUGCUGGUCCUGACCCCAAGGAUAACUACACCACGGCCUCCCCGUUCGGUGACAAUCUUCCGGAUUAUGCGGCGGCGUGCAAGACGUCUGGGCUGCACGGCAAGCGGAUCGGUAUCGCUCGAAAUGUCAUCGACAGCCUAGGGGCAUCAGGUGCUCCGGUAGUCGCUGCCUUUGACGCGGCACUCUCUGUAAUCAGCAACGCGGGCGCCACCAUCAUCGAUAACACGAACUUCACAGCAUACAGCGCCUUCCUUCAAAGCCAGGAGCCCACAUACGUUGAGGCCGCCGACUUCACGUCAGGCAUUGCAGGGUAUCUAGCGAGCCUGGAAACCAACCCCCACGGCCUUCGCAAUGUGGAGGAUAUCCGAUCUUUCACCCAGCACAGCCCAGACGAAGAGUAUCCGUCGCGCGACACCGGGGUCUGGGACCAGGUGAUUGCCGCCGGAAUCAACAACACAUCGCCCGCGUUCUGGCCGCUGUACCAGAGGGCCCUCUACUUCGGCGAGGAGGGUGGCCUGCUGGGCGCACUCUCCCGGAACCAGUUGGACGCCAUCAUCCUUCCGACCCUCGUUGCGUCCGAGAUCCCUGCGAUUGUCGGCACGCCCAUUAUCACCGUCCCGCUGGGAGCGUAUCCGGAGGGGACUCCGAUCGAGCACAACGCGCGUGGGAAUCUUGUCCAGAAAGCCCCUGGGAUCCCCUUCGGUAUCAGUUUCCUGGGUCCAAAGUGGAGUGAGGAGGCAUUGAUCGGGAUGGCGUAUGCGUUUGAGCAGCGCACUCGUGUUCGCUUUCAGCUGGGCCGG